UGUGCUUAUGAUUGUGACUUACUGGAAGGACAUUCAAGACAAUGUGCUACUUUGUAUAAACUCUGUAUAAUGGAGGUGGUGGCCUUCCAGUAAGUCACAAUCAUAAGUGUUGUUACAAUUUCUAGGGUUUUUAACUUGUGUUUCUCACUAUAUUUUAGGAUGACGAAUAUCUAGGAUGAAGAAAUCUCGUCCAUCGCCGUCGGCCGCAUGCCGACAUGCGUCCCGUUGGACGUGGCAGCGCCCGCGUGCCCGCCAAAGAAGGCGCGCUCCUUCGGCCUCGAGUGUCAUCGCCAGUGCCGGUGUUCCGCGAUUACACGCUAAACCGAUAUUCCUCAUUUGUUAAAGAGAGAUUUAUACAUUAAAGACGCUGCCGGAGCUCAGAUCCGGUUGCUGCUCUUUCUUGAAGACACGAGCGCAGCCGGGAGACGGGUAAUGCCGAGAGACGGAGGGCCGGGACGCGGAGAUGGAAGAUUGCCUGAGUUUGCCUCAUAUUCUCUCCGAAUGAGCUGCAUGCCCUCGUUUGUGUGUGUGUGUGUGUGUGUGUGUGUGUGUGUGUGUGUCUGUGUCUGUGUGUGUGUGUGUGUGUGACAGCUCGGCCAUGUGGGGCUGUUUAUAGUUCGUGUGUUACAGUCUCGCCAACGCUGGCGCACACGGAGCCGCAGCAUCUGCCUGUUUUUGUGACACUCCUUUUGAAGUCUCUUUGAUUCUCCCUAAAAAAGACUUGUUGCCCUAACGUGGCGUUGUCCUUGGAUGCCCCAGGCUUUUUUGGAGGGGGGUGGGGGGUAAAGGAUAUAGUGUGAACCCCUAGUAAGAUAUAAAAGAAGUAAACAAAGAAGAGUAAUGACAAUGUGCAGUAGCUGGGGAACAUGUGCUAUUCGGGUCAGGGAAAGGUGAAACACAGCAGAGGCCGAUGCCGUCGUCAUUGUUGAUCGCUGUUGUUUAGAGAACGAUCAUGUUGUACCAAUAACUGUUUGAGGGCAGUGGACAUCUGCAAAUAUGACACAAACGUGUGUCCUUAUAAUGAAGCCUGAAGUUUACAAUGGUGUGAAAUUUACCUUCUGUUCAGUAGUGAGGCUGUAAACGGUCUGCAACAUAGCAGCUAACUGGUUCAGUUUGUCUAAACCGCUUAUUCUCUCCGUUUCUUUGCCUUUUUUCCAUGUAAGUUCAAUGAGCGUGUCUCAUUUCUGGGCUUUCUGAGGCUGUGGGGCUUUUUACCAUUUGUACUUUGUAAUGUUGACGCUGCGUGUCAGCACUGAUAAAAGGCUCUUUUGGGUAAAGUCGGGGCGGAGAAGGGAGGUCAAGAGAGGGGUCGUUCCAUCGCAGCAGCCCAUACGCACACACAGGAGGACAAAAAAAUGGAGGCAUGUUGGAGAGACUUUCCGUCACUUAGUCAAGGUGUAUUUGUAUUUGUGUAUUUGUCAUUGUUGAUUUGUUUUUAUAUUUUUACCCUAAAGGACACAGAUUAUGCCUCUUUUUCAUCCAUCACAUAUUCCGAGGACGUUCCAGCCAGACUUUAGUUGAGACAGAAACGCUUAAAGAAUACAGGGGGGUGCUUUGUUAUAUCGUCUUAUUUGGUAUAUCGAAUAAAGAUAUUUAGACAUAAAUCCAUCUGGAGGGAUACAUAAUAACCCUUAAGCACGUUUCACUUCAGCCAAAAGGAUCAUGGUAGCCUACAUCAUAAAACAAGAAAUGUCUCUAUCCCUCCUGAGACAGUAUCUCUCCUGUCAACUGGGAUACGCAAUCUUCACUCACUAUCCUGCACGGUACCUGCAGGACAUUGAUCGACAUAACUUCCCUAACCGCCCGCACGUCUCCGUAUCCCUCUCAUUCCAGACGAUAUCCGAUCUGGAGGCUCAGUUGUCCGGUCUUCGCGAUGAACUCCAAGACGCCCAGGCGCAGCACAAGCGACAAUUGGCCGAGGUGGCGUUAUUCCGGGAGGAGGAAAAACGGACGGCGUUCCUGGACAAAGAGGCGUCCCUGGACCGGCUGCGUUCCGACAUGCAGCGCGUCCGCGCCGACCUCGAGGAAAGCCACCGGCAGGAGAGGGAUGCUGCUCAGGAGAAGAGCAACAGCCGGUUGAAGCAGAUUGAGAGAGAGUACGCUCAGAAGCUCGCCAAGUCUGCACAGCUGAUUGCGCAGCUACAGACGUCCGUAUGUGACUCAAAGGAGGAGGCUGUCGGCCUGCAGCAGGCCCUGGAGAAGCAGCUGAAGGAGUCCAGCCUUCAAUGGGAGGAGGAGAGGAGGACAAUAAUCCAGCACGCCGACCGGGCCAACAAGGUGACGGCGGUGCGUCAGGAGUACGAGGAGAAGAUCAAAGGCUUGAUGCCGGUGGAGCUCCGGCAGGAGCUGGAGGACACCAUCGCCUCUCUGAAAGCGCAGGUCAACUUCCUCCAGAAGAGGGCCUCUCUGCUACAGGAAGACCUGGAUGCCUGUCGCGGCAGGAGGUGACCUUGGCGGAAACCACAGCCCGAUGUCACGCCGGGAUACACGACGUCCAAUCAGACGUGAGCAUUGUUGACCUGUCACGCCCCUCGUGCACCUGGACCGUCGUCAGUCAUCUUUUGGUUUAGUGUUCAGUUGUCUCUCAUAUUAGUUAUUUAUUCAUUGUCAGAUUUUUGUUUUUUGCUCUGCUUUGGGGGAAAAAAUCUUUGUUUCUUCAUUUUCACACUUAACUUGAUACCUUUUGUAAUUUAUGUUCAAGAGACAUUUCUUACCGAAAACCCCAAAGUAUAUUACUACAUUUUAUUAAAACUUUUUGACAUCA